AUGAGAGAAGUGUACCAAGGGGAAGCCCCUUCAGAAUCGUCGACAGCACCCAGAGUCAGCCAGCUUGAUUCUGAUGAGCUCGAUGAAGCUCUCGUUUCCAUGCUCGGCGAGAGAGUAUCGAGGUCUUUGGACAACUUUCGGUCGAGUAUGUCCUGGGACCUAAAGCCGGAACUAGAGCUCGUGAUCAAGCUCGUCGUGUUUAGAUUCGGGGUAUGGGAUCCACUAUCGCGAAGCUCUCCGGGGGCAAAGCUGCAGAACUUGAAAUUGGUAUUGGACCCUAGAUCAAGGCUCAAAUCCACACGGAACGCUUUACUACUCUACUUGAUACUUCAUCCUCCAUUAUUUCUUUCCUAUAUAUUGAAGCGAAUCCGCCAACACGCACUCUCACAACAAUGGCCAGAUCUUCCCCAGCAUGACUGGCGGCUUAAGUGCUGGAAGGCUAUAGGAAGAGUAGAAUCAGUCGCCAACAUGUGGGCGGCCGUUAGCUGGGCCAUGUUUCUUUGGGAUGGAAAAUAUCCAUCUCUCCUGCUGCGCCUUCUCGGCCUACGCCUUACUCCCUCCCAGCCCCAUUUAUCCAAACUAGUCUCCUACGAGUUCAUGAACCGCCAACUCGUAUGGAACGCCUUUACCGAGUUCCUCAUGUUUGCGGUGCCCCUCAUGCCGCCCAUGGUUUCAUCUUCGGCGGUCUCGCCGCAAGAGUGGCUAAAGCCCAUACGAGGACUUUUCUCACAGCGCACGGACAUCGACUAUCAAUCGCUACCGAUCAUUCCUCCCGCUGAGCUUGCUGCCGAGAAACGAAAUGAAGUCAAAGUGCACAAGGGGCCUCUGGCUCACCUACCAAAGACAACCUGCCCCAUCUGCUAUCUUCGCCACACCUCUGCCCCUGUGCCCCUAUCAUCCUCCUCCCAAGGCACAUCCAUCAGCCUGCCUCCGCUGCCUACUGGGGCAGCAGAUUCAGCGGCCGCCACGGAGGAUAAUGAAGAUAGAAUCUUUGUACCAGCCCGGACAGACUGCGAGGGAGAGUGCGUCUGGUGCUAUUAUUGCAUAGGGGAAGAGCUAUACAGAAACCAAGAGGAGGUGGCACUCAAGCCAGUAUCCAAAAACGGGCCAGAGGAAAGCGAUACAGAGGAAGGCAAGUGGAGUUGCCUGAGGUGCGGUGGAAAAGUCGGCAGGGCAUGGCGAGUUGGUGUGGACGAAGACGACUAG